AUGCUGCAAUUAUAGUUAGAGGUGAGGACAAUCUAAUUUUAUAUUAAUUCAAUGACAGAAUUCUGUUCGAUCUAAUUUAUUCAUAACUUAUCGUCAACUCCUUUGAAGUCAUUAUUGAGAUGUAGAUGUAGAGAUAUCCAAGAAAUUAGGGAAAAAAUUGAUUUAAACAUAUAAUACUUUGAUAAGGGGAAUUUAAGGCUGUAGAUAUAUGAUGGCUAAAUUAUUUUCGGAGAAGCCACAAUCAAUUUAGGAUUUUACAUUGAAAACAGCCUACCUGUCAUCAUCGACAACAUUACAAUACAGAGUAGGUAUGAUCAAGAAGCUUAUGUUGAGAUGAGUUUAGGAUGGAACUAAUUUGAGUAAACACAAACUAAAGAAAUUCAAUAGGCUAAUCCCAUAAGAGAAUAACCAUUAUUUAUAAAAUUAUCUUAAUAAACAGCUAAUAGAGUACCAAAUGAGAUAGAUCACCAGAUCGAAAAUAGAUUAAUCAAUGCUCCUUCUUUAGAAUAGAUCUAUAUUCUUCAAAGCAAAUAAGAAUAUAUAGAUAAAAAGUCGAUAGAAUAAUAGAAAUAAUUAGAGGAUGAAAAAAUAGAAGAUAUCACCAAAGCACAUCUCGAAACAACAAACUCUCGAAGAUUCUAAACUCCAAAGGACAGCAAACUCGCUAAAAAACAGAAAAUUUAAAAGUCUUCCGGACUAUUAGAGCAUUAUAAAACAUAAAUUCAUUCAAAAUCGACAUAUAGUGAUUCUAAGCAAGCUGCCAGAGAAUAAGGAUUAAGGAUAGUACAGAAAAGUCCUAAUAUUUUUGAUUAAAAAGCAAAAAUUAGAAUUCAUAGUCAUUAAAAUGAAGAAAAUGAUGCAAUUAAAGGAACUGCGAAAUAAUAAAGAAAUUGUAAUAAAAACGCAGCACCAAUAGAAGAUUAAGGGAAGAAUAGUUAAAAAUAUUUAGAGGCUGGGUUCUUUACAAGUAGGUAACUAGAAAUUGAUUUGAAAGAGUAUAAAUAAGUCUCAAUUCAGCAAUUAUUAAAUGAAAAUCAAUAGAUGUAAUACUAGAUAGAGAGAUUGUCUUUAGAGAAUCAAGAUUUGAAAGAGUAAUUAAUAAAAAGUGAAGCAACGUUUAAUUUAUUAUCAGAGACUUAUACCAACCUUAGAAAUGAAUAUAAAAAGGUCUAGAUUAAAAGUUACGAUAGUUCUAAUAACACCUUUAUAAUAAAUAAAGAAUAUGAAUUUAUUAAGAAAGAACUGGAGUAGAAGCAGAAACAGAUUGAGUUCAAUUAAAAGGAAACUGAAUUAGGGAAAAUAGAAUUAGAGAUAACUAAGAGGGAAAAUAUUCAAUUACAAAUAGAUCUAGAAUAAAUUAGGAAGGAGGUCUUUAAUAAAAAGAUUGAAAAUAGUGAACUCUUAAAGGAUAUUUAAGAAAAAUAAGUCAAAAUAAAUACCUUAGAGGAGUAAUUACUAAAUUAAUAAGUUAAUCAAUAAUUAUCUCAAGAUCUACAACUAUAAGAAUACUCAGAAGAAUAAAAUAAUUAUCAUUUAUAAUAAAAGAUGAAUAGCAUGUAAAUUUAUAGAAUUGAAAUUGAUAAUUAUUAUUAGGAAUUAAUAUAAACACGAUAAAAACUACUAAUUUAGGAAUCAUGUGGAAAAUAGCAAUCAGAAUUUCUGGAGGAAAGACAGCAAAUUAAUUCGCAAUUACAAUAAGAAAUUAAUUAGUUAAAAUAAAAAUUAAUUGAAAGUAAUAAAGAAAUAAAGUCAAAGACCUUAGAAAUCGAAAUUCUAAAAACUUAAAUCAAUUCGCACUUAUAAAUACCGGAUAACCAGAAUCUAGACUUGACAUCUCUUAUCAAUCAAUAAUCUACUCUAUACACAAAUCUUAAAUAAGAAAACCAAUCUUUGGUCCAUCAAAAUAGAAAAGAUUAAGUCAAGCUUGAGAGUUUGUAGAAGGAACUAGGCAUCUAUAAAAACAUUGUUAAGUUGAGUGAAUAGAGACAACAAUCUCUUGAAUAAGAAAUCUAAUAACUUGAGAAAGCGGUUUUAAAUGGUAAAUAGAAUAUGGCUGAUGUAAUUAAUGCUGUACUUGAGUGUGGUGGACCAACCUUAGCUGAAGCUGUGGAAAGGUUCUUAAUAACGAGAAGGAGUUCGAAAAUAAGUUGAUAAUAAUUUAUUAAAUAAUUAAAUUAAUUUCAUUCA